AUGCCCUCGCAGAAGCGCCAGCUCCCUUCGCCGUCCUCCAAACCCCGCGACCACGUGGAGGAGGCCAACGGGACGGCGGAUGCUUCCACAGCCGGCGGCGGAGGGGGAGGGCUCCGCCUGGUGCCCGGCGGAGGCGCCGCCAAUCGGGCCACCGACCCGCAGCCGCAGCGCGUACGCGAUUCAGGAAGCCCCAAACGCGGCGGAGGCGGCGGCGCGUACAGCGACAGCGAAUCGUCGCAGAGCGACGGCGGCAUGGACGAGUUUAUACUAGUGAAAUUAGCUGAAAUACGGAAGGAAGUCCAGUGCCCUAUUUGUUUAGGCAUUAUCCGGAAGACAAGAACAGUUAUGGAAUGUUUGCACCGUUUCUGCAGGGAUUGCAUUGAUAAAUCUAUGCGGCUAGGAAAUAAUGAGUGCCCAGCAUGCCGCACUCAUUGUGCGAGCAGACGUUCUUUGAGGGAUGAUCCUAAUUACGAUGCAUUGAUUGCAACCUUGUACCCAGAUAUUGAUAAGUACGAGGAAGAGGAAUUUGCUUUCAGUGAAGAGGAGAAGACUCGGAACAAGAAGAUUCAAGCAACCAUUGAAGAAACGGUUCGAAAACAGUCAGAGGCCAUGGGUAAGAAAAGUUCCACAGCAAAAGCCACUGCCAAUGCUUUUGCAAGGAAGUACAGGAGAAAUGUGCGAACACGUGGGAGAGGUAGAACUGUUGCUCGUGAUAUUGUCCAUGCUGUCUCCGAUGAUGAGGGUAGAAAAGAAGUAAAUUCUAAUGAUGCCAGCAAAGACCCGUCUUCUGCUGAUAACCACUCUCCAGAUUUAAAGCAGAAAAGAGGUAGAAAGAGGCCUGCACCACUACCUUCUCCUGUUAGAACCAUGGGUAUUGCCACUAGUGACCAUGGAUCUGAGGAGAAUGAUGAACUAGUAUCUGUAAAAGAAAAUUUCACCACCUCUCCAUUGCGGGGAGAGAUGCUCGCAUGGGGCAAAAAUGGUACGCGAAGCCAAACUCGAUAUGGCAAUGUUGGCGGCUUAAAUGGCAGGCUUGGAAAGAGCGGACGUGUUGCGAAAUUAGUCGAGCACCUGCGUACAACUGAUGAAAUGGAUAAAGAGUUCAACUUGUAUCUUGUUCUCCUUCCUCUUGAUGGACAAACAACACCUAAAUUGGAAAAGCCCUAUCUAAGUUGUCAACCAACUGUAUCCAUUCGACAUCUUGUACAGCUCAUUGCUCUCCAGUUGUCUCGCCAAGUUGAAGAACUUGAGAUAUACAUAAGGAUGGACCUCCACAGAAGAGGUGUUGCAACGGACUCAAGUUCUGCUGAGACAAAACUGCGGCUACUUGAUGGCUUGGAAAGAUUGAGAGAAGAUAAACUUCUUUCUGAUCUUCACCCUUCAUUUGCCUCUGGUCGCAAUGAUCUGGAAUUGUUAUAUGCUUUGAAAACUCAAGACUAGAUCAAUUUAGUGGCUUGACUCAAUGCGGGAAUUACGUUGAGUCUUCUUCUGGAUAUGUAAAAAAGCAGUGAGAAUGUGCUAAAUGGGAAAAUCUUUCUUUUUCUCAUGUGUUCUUGUUUAGAUUUGUAUAUUGUCUUUGUAAUAUAUAGAUAGAUCUUCAUGUGUUAAUUCGUUGGGUUGAUAAUAUCAUUGAUAGUUUUAAAUUA